GCGCGGGUCUCUUCGUGGCUCCUGAGGCGGCCGGGGGCGCCGGGGUCUCGCGGGGUUGGAACGCCGGAAUCUGGGCUCGGUGGCCUUGAUUAUUUCCCGCCCCCCCCCCGGCCUGGCCAUGGCGACGUACACGUGUAUCACCUGCCGGGUGGCGUUCCGCGACGCGGAGCUGCAGCGGGCCCAUUACAAGACGGACUGGCACCGCUACAACCUGCGGCGCAAGGUGGCGGGCAUGGCGCCCGUGACGGCCGAGGGCUUCCAGGAGCGCGUGCAGGCGCAGCGCGCCGGGGCGGCGGCCGAGGCCCGCGGCCCGGCCACCUACUGCACGGUCUGCAGCAAGAAGUUCGCCUCCUUCAACGCCUACGAGAACCACCUCCGGUCGCGGCGGCACGUGGAGCUGGAGAGGCGGGCGGUGCAGGCCGUGAGCCGCAGGGUGGAGAUGAUGAACGAGAAGAACCUGGAGAAGGGCCUGGGCGCCGACAGCGUGGACAAGGAUGCCCUGAACGCCGCCAUCCAGCAGGCCAUCAAGGCACAGCCGUCCACGUCCCCCAGGAAGGCGCCCCCGGCGCCCCUCGAGUCCGCCAGUGCCGUGGCGGCGGCCGCCGGGGCCCGCGGGACCCACGGUCGAGACCCGGCGGAGAAACCGCCCCGGCUCCAGUGGUUUGAGCAGCAGGCGAAAAAGCUGGCCAGGCAGCAGGGCGAGGAGAGCGGGGAGGAGGGGGACCUGGACGCCGAAGACUGGGAAGACAUUGAUUCUGACGAGGACUUGGAAUGUGAAGAUUCUGAAGUGAUGGAUGAGGAGGAGGAGCAGGAUGUGGAGGAGGAGGAGGAGGCUGGUGAAGGCCCAUCCCUUGGUGCCAUCCCAAUAACGGACUGCUUGUUUUGUCCCCAUCAUUCAAGCUCUCUCAUGAAGAAUGUGGCUCAUAUGACUAAAGUCCACAGCUUCUUUAUUCCAGAUAUAGAAUAUCUUUCAGACCUUAAGGGACUGAUUAAAUAUUUGGGAGAGAAAGUUGGAGUUGGCAAGAUUUGCUUGUGGUGCAAUGAGAAAGGGAAAUCCUUUUACUCCACAGAAGCAGUACAGGCACAUAUGAAUGACAAAAGCCAUUGCAAGCUCUUCACAGAUGGUGAUGCUGCUUUGGAAUUUGCAGACUUUUAUGAUUUUAGGAGUAGCUACCCAGAUCACAAGCAAGGAGAGGACCCUGAUGAGGCUGAGGAAUUGCCUUCAGAUAAGAAUUUAGAAUAUGAUGAUGAAACUAUGGAAUUGAUCCUGCCUUCUGGUGCCAGAGUGGGCCAUCGUUCUUUGAUGAGAUACUACAAACAGCGAUUUGGCUUGUCAAGAGCUGUAGCAGUUGCCAAAAAUCAGAAGGCUGUGGGCAGGGUACUCCAGCAGUACAGAGCCCUAGGUUGGACUGGAAGCACAGGAGCGGCUCUUGUGCGAGAGCGGGACAUGCAGUAUGUCCAGCGGAUGAAGUCAAAAUGGAUGCUGAAGACAGGAAUGAAGAACAAUGCCACCAAGCAGAUGCACUUUAGGGCCCAAGUGAGAUUCUGAGAGUCUGUGGGAUCAAGCGAUGCAUCCCCUGCUCAGUUUCCUCCUCAUCUGAGGGUGGAAGUUGAGUCAUAGGAUGAACCCUGUUGCUGCUACUUCAUUUGUUCUGACCUAAUAAAGAACGUCAGAAUCAGACUG